AUGGCAUCGAAACUUGGCGGCAGCAACGCUGAGGAGGCCGCCGAGCUCAAGAAGAAGAGAGCGUUCCGCAAGUUCUCCUACCGUGGAAUCGACCUUGAGGCUCUCCUCGACCUCGACUCCGAGCAGCUCCGCGAUGUCGUCCACGCCCGUGCCCGCAGACGCAUCAACCGCGGCCUGAAGCGCCGCCCCAUGGGUCUCAUCAAGAAGCUCCGCAAGGCCAAGCAGGAGGCCAAGCCCAACGAGAAGCCCGACCUCGUCAAGACGCACCUGCGUGACAUGAUUGUCGUGCCCGAGAUGAUCGGCAGCGUCAUCGGCAUCUACUCCGGCAAGGAGUUCAACCAGGUUGAGAUCAAGCCCGAGAUGGUUGGCCACUACCUUGGAGAGUUCUCCAUCUCUUACAAGCCCGUCAAGCACGGUCGUCCCGGUAUCGGUGCCACGCACUCUUCCCGUUUCAUUCCCCUGAAGUAAGGUGUGGGAUGGGUGUUGGUGGUCAACGAUUUGGUCGGCACGAAGGGACAGAGGUUAUUGCAUUCACGGUCAUCAAACAAAGGCGAACGGGAAUGGACUCGGUAGCAUGGCAGUGCAAAGCCGCUACCACCUUGAUUCGGCAACGGUAGUGAAUAAACGCCUUGCAACCCCAAAAAGAGAUGCUUUACGAU